AGUUCAAAUUAUGUUGCACGGAGUAGAAAAUCAAAGAAAGAGCAACUUUACAGACUUUUAGUGAGAGAGAAGGAAAAUGCACGACAGACUUCAGUCCAAAUUGUUCCAGCCCCUUGUGAUCGCCAAUGGCAAAAUCAAACUGAACCACCGAGUGGUUCUCGCUCCGUUGACUAGGAAUAGAGGGGUACCGCUGAAUUCUGUCAGUGCUCCUGAAAAUCCGAAUCGUAUCUGGUAUCCGGGAGAUCUUAUGGUUGAGUACUAUCGGCAACGGACCACGAAGGGCGGAUUAUUGAUUUCAGAGGGCGUCCCGCCUUCAUUGGAGAGCAAUGGCAUGCCUGGAGUACCCGGCCUCUUCACGGAAGAACAAGCGGAAGGCUGGCGAAAGGUAAUCGAUGCUGUGCACGAGAAAGGUGGUGUCAUUUAUUGCCAACUUUGGCAUGCAGGAAGAGCCACCAUUCCCCAGAUGACCGGAUCCCCUCCGGUAUCAGCAUCGGCGAGUGUCUGGGACUCUCCUGACGAAUGCUACUCUCACAUCCCAGUGGGUGAGACAAAGCCUGUUCGAUAUGCUGACCACCCACCUAUUGAGUUAUCCAAGGAGCACAUAAAGAAAACAAUCGGAGACUAUUGCCGCGCCGCGCAAACAGCCGUCAGAAUCGGCUUUGAUGGCGUUGAGAUUCACGCUGGCAAUGGUUAUCUUCCCGAGCAGUUCCUGAGCUCGAAUAUCAACAAGAGAACCGAUGAAUAUGGUGGUUCGCCGGAAAAGAGAUGUCGAUUUGUUCUCGAAUUGAUGGACGAGAUUGCUAAGGCAAUCGGGGAAGAGAAUCUCGCUAUUCGUCUUUCACCGUUUGGACUCUUCAAUCAGGCUCGUAGUGAGCAGCGAGUGGAGACUUGGACAUAUCUUUGCAAGUCUUUGAAGCAGACACACCCAUCCUUGUCUUAUGUUAGCUUUAUCGAACCGCGCUACGAACAAAUCUUCAGCUACAAAGAAAAGGACAAAUUCCUUCAGAGCUGGGGUCUUUCUGACGUCUCACUUGACGGAUUCCGUCAAAUAUUUGGCGACACGCCAUUCUUCUCCGCGGGCGGGUGGGACGACACCAACUCCUGGGGUGUGAUCGAAUCUGGCAAAUAUGAUGCCUUACUAUAUGGUCGCUACUUCAUUAGCAACCCGGAUCUAGUAACCCGAUUACAGAAAGGCAUACCACUCGCACCGUAUGACCGCAAUCGAUUUUACGGGCCGUUUGAAGAUGACAAUGCUAUUGGGUAUACGGACUAUCCGGGUGCCGAGGAAACGGCCCGUUCAAGUACCUAGGAUUUGAUGCUAUCAAUAAAUUGACAUGGCAUUAUGGCUCUGACUGCUGUGCGAUUUUUCGUCUUCGAUGUUUUAGUUUGUUGUACUUCGGUAUUGAUGCUCUUCAUGAUGGUAGCGCCGUUCACUUAUCGAACACACAUGUCAUAGACCAAUAGCAUCAAGUUCUUGGAAGAACACAACGAGGAGAGGAUAUUUGCG